AUGUUACAAAAGUAAUUUGAGGAGGAGGAGGAGAGGAGCAAAGAAUUCUUAGCCAAGUUGAACUAAAUUAAAAAGGUGUCGAAGGACAUGAAACAUAAGAAUGUUCAAUCAGUUUAAAGGUAGGAAUGGUCGAAAGAGUAUUUGCAAUUGAUGAAAGUAGAGAGAAUGCUCAAUAUUGAUUUGGAGUCGAAGUUACUACUCUUGGAGAUCCAAUCAGACUUACCCAAGUUUUGUUUAGCUGCCCUACUGGAGUAGGGAAUUCAAAAUUACAAAUAAGUCAAAGAUGAGUUGAUUUAUUAAUUACAAAAUCUAAAGAAGAUUCAACUCUAAUUGAGGAGAGAAUAAUUGCCUCGAUUGGAUAAGAAGACUAAUAACGAGAGCUCUUAAUUUAAGGAAUUGGCAUUUUCAUUUAAGGAUUACUUGCAAUAAAUGAUUUCUAAAUUGGAAGUAGAAUAUUAAAAAGAAUCUACAAUAGUCGAUGAGGACAACGAAGAAACCUUGGAUAUGCAACAAUGCAAUGUGACUAUAUGCAAUUCAUUUCGAUCCAGAAUUGAGCAAGAAUAUUUGAAUGACAAAUUGAUCUUAUAUGCCUAAAAUUGUGAUGAUGAAGAGUUGGAGAUUCUUGAAAACUAUGCCAAAGCUUUAGAGUAUCUUUAUGAGAGGUACCAAUUGGAAAUACAGAAACUGACUCCCAAAGAGAGGAUCGAAGUCAGUGAGGAGAUGCUAUAUCUGGGAUCAUCAAACAGUUUACACAGUAUGUAAAGGUUGAUGCUCCAUUUCCCAAAGAAGAGUCGUCCCGAGUUGCAAGAGGCUGUCGAUUACAUUAGAAAACAAAAAGAUAUCAAUAAGAGGUUGACAAUUUUAUAACGCAAUUGGAAGAUUGAAUAUUCGCAAUUAUAAAAUAAAUCAGAACAGUUGCUGAAUGAUAUGCAAUAGAAUAAAAUUCAAAAAAAUCAGAGAUGGAUGGAGUACUUGUAAUUGAAGCAACAAAGAAUCAGAAUAGCAGAGGAACUAGAGGAGAAACGUGUUGAAUACGAGAAAAAAUAAUUAAUUUUACAAUAAUAGAAAGAGGAGUAGAGGGAACAAUAGGAAUAAUUGGAUUAGGUUAAGCACGAUGAAUGGUUGAAACACAAGGCUGAAAUUGCAGAGAUUGCUCUGACAUAUCAAGUAGAGAAGGAAUAGAAGAGACAAUAGUUCUUGAUCUAAUAGUAAUAACAAGCAGAGGUGGUGAAGAAACAACAGUUACAAUAAAUCGAGUAGGCAAAACCACGAGUGUAAUAAAGACAGGAGAAGGAGGUAGUGAAACGGGAGGAUAAGAAAUUGAAGUAGGAGAUCAAGAAGUUGGAACCGGAAGUGAAGGCUCAGAGAAUUGAAGAUGCCAUCAAUAGAUACAGUAUCAGACCUAAUGUGGAUAAGGAUUUUCAGAGGUUGAUCAGUGAGACUGAGACGAGGCAAUUGCGAAAACAAACGAAAUAUGAUAAGGCGGACAAAAUUCCUUUAUCCAAUGUUACGGGAUUUAACAUCAAUCAAUUAAUGUCGGAUAUGAGAUAUCGAUUGCAAGUGGCUUUGAAUGAUGCAGGUUUGGGGUAGACUGCCUAUGCUCGUGAAGUUAUUUUGGGUAUGAGCAAGCCAUAAUGA